CAUUCUCUCUCUCUCUCUCUCUCUCUCUCUCUCUCUCUCUCUCUCUCUCUCUCUCUCUCGUCAAGCCUCUCCCAUUCUCUCUCUAGAAUAGCUAGUUUUCGCCCACAAUUUAUUCAUUUAUUUUACCAACUUUUUUUUUUAAUCUUUUAUUUUGGGAAAAAAAUAAAAUCAAAUUGGAUCAAUUUUUUUAUCCAAUAAAGUAAAAUUACCAUUUCCUCAACAAAAAAAAAAAAAUUUCUAACAAAUAUUGCUCUUAUUUCAUUUUCUAAUUUUUUUUUUUUUUUUAAGGAGUGGGUGAUAGUGCUAAAAUAAAGUCAUGAAUACCAAAUCGAUGCGCCUUCCACCUCGUCGACUAUUGACACCCAAUGUUACAACCAAAGCUAAAGCCACAGCCAUACCCACAGCCACAGCCACAGUCACAGCCGCAGUCGCAGCCACAACAAACAACAACAAGCGCAAAGAGAGGGAAAAAGAGGGUAUCAAUGCUACAAUUACCAAAAUACCGAAGCCAGCUAAGGCUACAACAACAGCUCGAGCUGGUGGGAUAGGCUCUGCCGAGCUGGUAUUUUCGUCCAAUAAAAUAUUAGCGGGUUACUUAGCCCACGAGUUUCUCACUAGAGGAACCCUUUUUGGUCAACAGUGGGAUCCAACUUCUUCUACAGCAAAUCAAAACGAGGCCGUUUCGGUGUCAUCAAAGAAAGCUGAAAAAGAAAAGAAGAAGCCAAGUGGCGAAGCUGAAGGACAGGUGGAAGAAGAUCAGCAACAAAGGUACGUGGAAUUAGCAAAUUUGCUGAAAACUGGUGGGGCCCACUUUCCUGGCAUUGUAAACCCAACCCAGCUCACCCACUUCUUACACAAGAAGAUGUGAUUUCCUAUUGGGUUUUCUUCCUUUCGUUAUAAUUUUUAAAAAAAUAUUUCAAAACUUGUUGUAAAUUUUGUAAUGCGUGGUGGGCAAUUGAAACCAUUGAAUUUGCCUACCCAUUUCAAACGCAAAGGCACAAAAGUUACAAAACCCCCAUCCCUAACUUUUAUUUAAAAUUGUACCCCUUUUUCUCAGCCCAAAUAGAUCUCUCUUGAAAAUCAAAAAAUUUACUAGUCGCAUGUUUUUUUUAUGUAUUUAUU